AUGCCCGAGCCGGCUAAAUCCGCUCCCGCGCCCAAGAAGGGCUCCAAGAAGGCUGUCACCAAGGCCCAGAAGAAAGACGGCAAGAAGCGCAAGCGCAGCCGCAAGGAGAGCUACUCCAUCUACGUGUACAAGGUGCUCAAGCAGGUCCACCCGGACACCGGCAUCUCGUCCAAGGCCAUGGGCAUCAUGAACUCGUUCGUCAACGACAUCUUCGAGCGCAUCGCCGGCGAAGCGUCCCGCCUGGCGCACUACAACAAGCGCUCCACCAUCACGUCGCGGGAGAUCCAGACGGCCGUGCGCCUGCUGCUGCCCGGCGAGCUGGCCAAGCACGCCGUGUCCGAGGGCACCAAGGCCGUCACCAAGUACACCAGCUCCAAGUGAGCCUCCUUUACCAGGAUGCGCGCCAGCCUCUUUGCUCCAAAGGCUCUUUUCAGAGCCACCCACGUGAUCACA